UUCAUUCAUGAUGUCUCACCUCCAGACACAAAUCCUGCAUUCAGACUCAGCAGUAUGGGCUUCUGGCAGGACCUGUAGGAAAAGCUGAAGCUGGGUAAUAAAGUAAUAAAAGCUUUACAUUUUAAACAAAUAUAAAGGAUGAAGGGCCCAGCCUCUUCCAGUCCUCAUUGUCCAGCCCCAGGCUCCCUCUCCCAACCCUCACAUAUGAGUUUCGUUUUUCUCAGAAGUGAAACUGAAAAGAUGGAGGAGGGGUUUGGGGAGGACUGUCAGGACUUUUAAGAGCCUGUAAGCAGCUGAAACAGACGGACCGACUCAGAUCUGAACUGGAUUGGCCAUCAGCAGCACAUUUUCUCUGUUUCCGCUGAGCUGCGAACACGCCAGAGCUGAUUGACUCACUGGGUUCUGUCUGAACUGGUGAAACUGGUCAGAGAAAGUAGAACCUGACAUUUUUGACAAAUCGUCUAGUUUUUCAUUCUAUUCAUCUCACGUUGCACCAUGGAAAAAAUGGUUUUCCCUAAUCAGCAUUUGAAGUUGGAAGACCUAAAAAGGCAACCUGGAGUUUCAGGAAAAUACCUGAACAAAAACAUCCCAGAAUAUCCUAAACCAGAGUUCCACGUGAGUCGUCUGAAACAUGAAACUUCAGGAUCAGCACUAAGUGAGAUCAAGACGGAUGGGGGCUUCAGGGAUACAAAAGGAGAAUCUCUGAUAUGGUGGAGUCUGUCUGUGGGACCAGAUGAGAUAAAUAAUGCAGAGACGAGGCUCCGGGGGACAGUGGCUCCUGAGCAGCAGAACUUCCUGUGGAGGUUUGCCACGUCUCCAGCCUUCAAGGAGACGUCCCGGCUGGGCUCCUUCCGCUUCACCUUCCCCCUGCAGGAGGUGCUGACGGCCUACAGCGACCAGAUUUGUUCUGGAGCUGAGCCGGUCAUGCGGGUUUUACAGACUGAUCUGUAUAAAAAGGAAGUGAUGUAUGCUGUUCUGGUUCACAGUCCUCACUUAAAUAAGAAGUUUAAAGAACACCCUCUACUGAAAGACGACCCAAACGCCAUUUGUGUCUACAAAGAUGGACAUUUCAUCUGGAGGUCAGAGGCCAUGUGUGACACUCACUGGUAUGAAUAUGAUAAAGAUCAGAUGGAAGCCACACCUGUUGAGGGGUAUCAACAGUUCUACGUUUGGGACAACGUUGCUUUGGCCCUGCAUGUGGAGAAUAACCAGGUGCUGAAGCUUGAUUUUAAUAAACCAGAAGAUUUCCUCACGUACUGUGAGAAAGAUGAUGUGACAUAUCGUUCGGAAUUUCAAAACCUUGAAGAAGCCAAUGAAUUGGUGAAGGAGUCGUGGCCAGAAUGGGAGGGUCCUCUGAAGGUGGAGCGUCCGCUUCAGCUGCAUUACCAAGGAUUAGAUUAAUUUGAGAUGGAAGUGGACAACUUGGUGGUGAAAAUCAUCAAUACUCCAGAGUUCUCAAAAUUAAAACCCUCCAUGCACAACACAACCUCAGCAGAAGUGAAAAAGAAUACUCUAGACCACAUCAGACUCUCCAGCCCUGCUCUUCAUGUCUUCCUGCUGGUCAUCGGGCUGAAGAACAUCAGGGCAGAUCUGAUCAGAGAGACUGUAGAGCAAUUUGAAUCAAUAUUUAAGGAAAAGGCCUUAAGACGCACCAUGAUUCUCUUCACCCACCAGAGCCAGACAGAACCAGACAUCCAGAAAAUUAUGCAAGAGGUUCAGCAAUUCCUGACUGAGAAAGUAGGCAACAGAUACCUUGUCUUCAACAACAGCCUGGAGGACAGAGAUCCUCAAAAGGUCUCACAUCUCCUGAGAGAGGUGAAGAAGAUGUUAGGGGUGAUUGAAUGCUAGAAUGUUUUAUAAAUCAUCACCGUCAUUAUGGAACAUCUAACUUCACUAAUCAUUAAAGAAUAAUGUUUUUCCUACAAACCCAACCCUCAGUCCAGCAGCUAAAGAGCUGCAUUGACUGAAAUCACUGCAGAUCAGACACCAAUAUUUUAAUGUUUAUGUUCAUAUAUAAAGAUACAUGUCAAUUCAAUAAUAAUUUAAGUGCAGCAGAUCAUAAUUUUAAAGCAAUCUGUUUGCUAUUUGAGGACUGGGGGGGACGCUCAUACUGCCCCACACAAGAUGCCGCCCUGGGUGGUUUCCCAUGUUGCCCACAUCAGAAACAGCCACUUCAAACAGUCAUUUUUUUUAGUGAAGAGAAAAAUUACAACAUAUUUAGGCCAACAUGUUCAACUAUUUGUGGAUAUUUUUAACACGCCUGGUUAAUGAAAAAGUCCUGCCUCCCUACCAGAACCGUUCUCUGGAGCAGUUCUACCCUGUGAAUUCAGACGAACCAGAACCGAGCAUGGUUCCCGUAGAGGAAUCAAACUUAUGGACGUUUGAUAGUUAUGAUGUUUUAGUCUUUGUGAGUCUCUGGGCCGUCUUUAUAUGAAGAUUAAACCUGAACAGCACCAAGAAAGACACUGAGACAAACAAUAAUUACAGAAAAUGUUCCUCAGUCCUUGCAGUCAAUAAAUUUCUAUAUUUUAGAUCAUUUACAGUUUUCUAAACUUGUCUUUGAAUUUAAAUCUGAUUCUGAACUGUACUGCUGCUGUUCUCUCCACUUAAAAAAAAGAUAUAGUAUUAUGAUAUAAUAUUAAUAUAAAAGAAGGAAUCUUUAAUUAUCUAAAUUAUUUUAAUCUUUUAAUGAUCAUUAGGUAAGGUAAUUUUAUUUAUAUAGCACAUUUUCAGCAACAAGGAAAUUCAAAGUGCGUCACAUAAAUUAGAGGAAAUACAAACAAAAGAAAAGCAAAAGAAAACAAAAAUGUGCAAUUUAUGAACUAAUAGGAGUUUCUCUGGAUUCUACGUUUCUUCUAAUUUCUGCUGUGGGUUGAGUGAAGCAUAAAAAACAACAUUAUUACUAUUAUUAAUUAUUACUAUUUUGUGGCUUUAGGGUUUAAUUUCCGUUUUAAUUUAGGGAAAGAGGUUAAAGUGUACUUUUAAUGUUUUAUGAAAGGUUUAUAAUGAAUGUAUCUGAGAUGUUGUCUAUAUUUACUGCAACAGUGUGGCCAAAUAACUUCAAUGAUUAUAAGACUUUAAUGCCUUAUAUAACAUUUUUAGUGUUAUAUAUGUUUUAAAUGGAACAUUUUUCUGUUAUGAUCAUUUGAUGGUGAUAUGUGGAAUAUAAUAAAUAUAUCAAACAUGA